AUGGACGAAAGUGUUGAGGAUCGUCGCAAGAGUGAUAUAUAUCCAAACUACACCGAGCCCACGGCUGCGCCAUCAGGACUCUGGCAUUUGAUUGAUGGGGAUACUGGGUGUCAUCGUCGUAUUUGGCCCUUCUACACCAAUGUGGAGGGUUGGGAUAGGGGAAAGGAGCUGCAGUUUCGAAUAAUUCUAUGCUGCUAUGUACAAGAUGUUUCUAUGCCGCUCUCGCAUCGUGAUGCUGUCAGGAAUUGUACUUCGCACGCGGGCCGCAAGAUCCGCAAUCUCAGCAAUUCUCUGUCAUCUCUAGAAUUUUUGAUACAUAGUGCUCACGCGGAAGUGGUAGUUCUCUUAGUACGUCGCAUCGCGGCUGAAGGUACUCCCGUUGUGUGCACAAUCCAUCCGCCGUCCGGUGUGAUUCUUGAUAUGUUCGACCAUGUUUUGCUCCUCGCUCCAGGAGGAGGGACCGUAUACUUUGGCGAUACGGGUGAAAAGUCCUCAGAAGUUGUCGAGUAUUUCGGUUGUUACGGUGCCAUUAUUGGAAGCAGCAUAAACCCCGCCGAAUUCAUCCUCUCUACUGUCACGUCCACGAACAAAAGCUUGCUGGACUUGCUGAAUAUAUGGUAUGACGCCCUUGAAUACCAAGCUCUGGAAGCAAUUAUCUCGCAGCUAAACUCCACUAUCACCAGCAGGGAGAUAGAUCAAUCUUAUUUCUUUACACGCAACUGGGCCUCUGUCUGGCGGGACGGGAUGUACAUCUUCAGUAAAAUGGCCAAGUCCCUCUUCGUCUCCAUUUUCAUAGUCCUCAGUUUCUUCCACGCCGGGUCCAUUCUCUAA